AUGUCAUCUUCUUCUACUCAUAGACAGAGAUCAUCCUCUGUCAAUUCAGUGUCUUCAAAUCAUUCAAUGACCUCAUCGAUAUUAUUCCCACCCCCACCCCCACCAUUCCCAUUCCCACUAUCACAACUGACGCCUCCAAUACUUCAACACUCCACAUCUACUAAUAGCACUACCACCAAUGCUAAUGCUAAUACUACUACUACUCCGACAACUCUACAAGCAUCGAUGUUUCCAACACCAAUCAACACAUCAAUAAUAAAUCCAUCACAUAUAACUCAUCUUGCACCAACACCAACCACUGUUCGUAGUCUUUCGAUUGUAAGUUUAGAAAGCCCCCGGAAUUCAAUUAUAUCAUUUGAUGAUUGUAAUUAUAUACGACCCACUCGUAAUAAUAGUUCUGCAAGUUUAGCAUCUUUAAAUAGUACUCAACAUACAACAACAGUCACAACCUCGGCAUUGACUAAUCAUCCUAUAAAUACUGCAAGUGGAUCAAUUUCUGCAAAUUCAUAUACUGUAACUACUCCGGCUAUACUUCCGAGUAGCACAAGUACAAUGACAGGUAUAACAUCUGACAAUGGAACUGGUACUGGCGGUAAUAAUAAUCGCGUCAGACAACAUCAUCGGACUUCAAGUGUACUUUUAUCUGACGAAGAUUCGGAAUUGGAUAGUCAUACUCCGACAAGAAAUAUCUUACAUCCAGUGUUUAGAUUAAAGAGAAAGAAUAGUAAAGAAGAAAAUCAAUUAUUACAAUUAAAGAGAGAUUUUAAAUUAAGAUUUGAUGAGUUGUUAUUGUCAUCGACAACUUCAACAACAGCUUCUGCUUCAAUGAAUUCAAAUCAAUCUUCUCCUACUACGUUAUUACCCACAUCUCCAUCAACUGCAUUACAUCCAUCAUCUCAUCACAACCACCUCAGCCAACAUAUAAAUGACAGCCCGAGGUCUAAUGCAGUUGUAGUUGCACCAAAACUUCAAGACCUAAAACCAAUAUCACUAUCAGAUCCAGCCGUGGCUCCAACCACAAACCCAGCCCAACCUGCGACAUCCUCCUCCACCACCUCCACCUGCACCGCCACAUCCAAGAAAAAGACAAAAUCAAACAGUCUAAUCCAACAAUCAAUGUUCAUAAAACGAAAACUAGCAAUCUCAAAAGACCUCCAAAUGGAACUAUCCACUACUGCGACCGCAACCACUCCGAACACCCACCCAACCAUGUCUCCUCCAUUAUUACCGACAUCUAUAUCAUCACCAGGGGUUAUUUCUAUCCCACAUUUGAACCAACUCACCGAUUCGAAAUUGAUCGUGGCCAAGAAACCAGUGGUGGCGACAGGAGUAGGAGUAGUAGGUCAACAACAUCAGCCGGUGAUGCAGACUUUGUCACAACAGAAUGAACUUAUUAAUAAAUUGAAUCGCAAGUGGAAUAAGGCGAUCAUGAACCCGAGUGGAAAAGAUGAUGAUGAGGGAGAGGUUGCGGGUAUAAAGAAACUGACUAAGAAUUUGAGGAAACGAUCAAGACGAAUUCUGUUUGAUGCGGAUGAUGAGGAAGUAGGAGUAGAUGAUGAUGAUGACGGGUAUUAUGGUAGUUAUGAAUAA